AUGCAAAAGAAACUGGAUUUUGAUGAUGAACACAAGGGCAAGUUCAAGCGCUAUUUAGCAUUUUUCAUUGAGUAUUUGAGUGAUAUUGAGCAGGUGUUUAAGGAUCAAGAGGAUAUCCUAACACGACCCAAUAUCGGCUACAGCCUAGCACUGACUGUCCUGGCUACUUGCGCUACAGCCUAUUACCAUGGCACCGACGAAGUAGCCAAGCUUGGGCUCAAGGCGGUUUACGCUGCCCUGGCUCAAAUCUUUGGUAUCAACUUUUACGGCGGAAUUGCCGGGUGUUAUCUGGAGAGCACCAACCUGAAAUCCACUGCGGAAUCCAGUGCCGUAGCAGUGAAGGUAUGUAUCGACAAGAUUACCAGGGCUUGUGUCCUGACCGGUGAUGGCGAUCCAACUCAAGAGGCGGUCUCAUUUUUCGUCACGGACGAUGAUUCCACGCAUCCUCCCCAGCAAGUCAUUAUCAACGGUGCUCCCAAUGAGCCUUUAGAACGAUUAAAUGUGGAAGUUGAGGGGAUCGGGGGUCUGGCUUUGCAAAGCGAUAGCUUUAUGGUGCUCCGCUUUGAGUGCGAUUAG